AUGCUCCAACUUUUAUCAAAAAAAUUCAAAGAUGACAUACUUUAUGACUAUCCAAAUAUUCCUUGUGCUUAUUGUUCGAUGCUUAUGCCAAAACUUUCAGUCAAAUGGUUAACAUAUGAUCCAGAAGAAUCAUAUAAAUUGACAGUGGCCUUUCCUGAAAUAUCCCUAUAUGUACGUCUGAACAAUAGAAACAUCACUCAGGUUGCUGUUUGCAAUGGAUGCAAAAAUCCAAGGACUCGUAGAUAUGCACCAUUGUUGAGAAAAAUCCCUGAUGAAAUCAAGAAUGUUCCUAUGGCUCAUCGAAGAUACCUCUCUCCAGUUCACAUGAAUUGUUCAUUGGGGCGUGCUUCUGGAUCAAACUCUUACACAAAUUAUAGGCACUUGGAAGGUUUUGUUCCCUCAAGUUUUUUUAUGAGAAUCAUUCUUUUGGAGCUCUCUGAGUUUGAUAUUCCGACUUCCUGUGGUGAAUGUUGGACUCAAGAUAUAAUAAACAUUUCAAAAACUUGA